AUGCCGACGACAAAACACUUCAAUGAUUGGCCAAAUGCUAUCGGACUCGACGUUAGUUACGAGGAGCGUGACCCGGUUCAACUCAAAGUCGAGGGCAAGAUCCCGUCCUACGUGAGCGGCACGUUAUUCCGCACAGGACUUGGACCUCGUAAGAUAUCGACCGAGAACGGUUCAACAUUUGUCGUGAACCACUGGUUCGAUAAUUUUAGCCAAGUGCACCGCUUUGGAAUCGACCCGGCCGGGACAGUGACUUAUAAUUCACGUUUAACAAGUGACGGACUUAUCGACGAGGCCAGAAAGACUGGCAGCCUCAAGGGAAUCAGCUUUGGCAAGAAAUACGAACCCUGUAAGAGCUUUUUCAAGAAGGCGCAGUCGAUAUGGACAGGAAGGAGUCGAUCGGAGGAGCCCAAUGCUCGAAACGUGGGAGUGACGAUCACAGCGAAUCAUCCAGGCAUCGGCAGUAGGGAGAUCACUAUGGCUACAGAUGCGUCCGCGCUACAGGUCUUGGAUCCCGAAACGCUAGAGCCAGUCGGCGUUGCUGAACAGACAACUUUGCAUCCUGACCUCAAAGGACCUCUGAGUGCAGCUCACGCCGAGCACGAUCCAGAGACAGGCGAUAUCUUCAAUUACAACCUGGACCUUGGGCGCACUGGCACGUACAGAGUCUUCAGGACGUCCGCAGCAACCGGGAAAACGUCCAUCCUUGCAACUUUCGCGCACACACCGGCCUAUAUCCACUCACAAUCUCUGACCAAGAACUACUACAUCAUUUGCAUCUGGAACUCUAGCUACAGUAUGGGCGGAGCUUCGAUCUUGUGGAAGCGAAGUCUCAUGGAAGCUAUGGCUUGGGACGGCAGCAAUCCUGCAACAUGGUUUGUCAUCGACAAAAAUCCGCCCGAAACUGGUGGGAGGGGAAUUGUCGCAAGAUUUGAAUCGGCUCCCUUUUUCUGCUUUCACACAAUCAACGCCUACGAGGAGACCGCGGCUGACAAAAUGGACAUCGUCGCGGAUCUUGCGGGCUACGCAGACAUGACAGUCCUCAACAAGUUCUACUUCGAAAAUAUGCUUAGCGACAGUCCGAAAGCUGCGAAAUGGGCAGAUGCCUCCAAUUUGACAGCACGGCCAACGUACAGACGCUAUAGACUCCCAGAGAUCCCGUCCUCGCCAACGAAGUCGGUCCGACGAGCUGAGCUUGAGUACGAGAGCCCCCGUGGGUCAGCAGUCGAGCUGCCCACGAUAAACGGGAAGUUCAACACCAAGCCACAUAGAUAUGUCUAUGGCAUUACCGACACCGGCCUGUCCACGUUUGCGGACGGACUUGUCAAGUAUGACACCAAGACGCACGAGACUAAGGUCUGGAGAGUCCACGGACACACUGCUGGCGAAGCGAUAUUUAUUCCAGAUCCUGAGUCAACCGAAGAGGAUGGAGGUGUCCUUCUGACUGUUGUACUAGAUGGGUUUGAGGGAAAGAGCUACUUGCUCAUCCUCGAUGCUGGGACUCUGGAGACCGUGGCGAAAGCACACGUCGACGGUGUUGUCGGCAUGGCUUUCCAUGGACUUUAUACUCCCAAGGCCAGGCUAUAG